GGGUGGGGUGCGGAGCGGGACUGGAGCGGCCGCCGCCUGGGCCGCCGCCUACAGAGCCUGCCUUGCGCCUGGUGCUGCCGGGAGGAUGCGGCCGGAACCCGGAGGCUGCUGCUGCCGCCGCCCGCUGCGGGCGAACGGCUGCGUGGCGAACGGGGAAGUGCGGAAUGGGUACGUCAGGAGCAGCGCCGCUGCCGCCGCAGCCGCCGCCGGCCAGAUCCAUCAUGUUACACAAAAUGGAGGACUUUACAAAAGACCAUUUAAUGAAGCUUUUGAAGAAACACCAAUGCUGGUUGCUGUGCUUACUUAUGUGGGAUAUGGUGUACUCACUCUCUUUGGAUAUCUUCGAGAUUUCUUGAGGCAUUGGAGAAUUGAAAAGUGUCAUCAUGCAACAGAAAGAAAAGAACAACAGGACUUUGUGUCAUUGUAUCAGGAUUUCGAAAACUUCUAUACAAGGAACCUCUACAUGAGGAUUAGAGACAACUGGAACCGGCCGAUCUGCAGUGUGCCCGGAGCCAGGGUGGACAUCAUGGAGAGGCAGUCUCAUGAUUACAACUGGUCCUUCAAGUACACAGGGAAUAUAAUUAAAGGCGUUAUAAACAUGGGUUCCUACAACUAUCUUGGCUUUGCACGGAAUACAGGAUCAUGUCAAGAAGCAGCUGCCAAAGUCUUAGAGGAGUAUGGAGUCGGAGUGUGUAGCACUCGGCAGGAAAUCGGAAACCUGGACAAGCAUGAAGAGCUAGAAAAGCUUGUGGCAAGUUUCUUGGGCGUAGAAGCCGCUAUGGCAUAUGGCAUGGGAUUUGCAACAAAUUCAAUGAACAUUCCUGCUCUUGUUGGCAAAGGUUGCCUGAUUCUGAGUGAUGAGCUGAACCACGCAUCGCUGGUUCUAGGAGCCAGACUCUCAGGAGCAACCAUUCGAAUCUUCAAACACAACAAUAUGCAAAGCCUAGAGAAGCUUUUGAAAGAUGCCAUUGUUUAUGGUCAGCCUCGGACAAGAAGGCCCUGGAAGAAAAUUCUAAUCCUUGUGGAGGGAAUAUAUAGCAUGGAGGGAUCUAUUGUUCGCCUUCCUGAAGUGAUUGCCCUUAAGAAGAAAUACAAGGCAUAUUUGUACCUAGAUGAAGCUCACAGCAUUGGCGCCCUGGGCCCUACAGGCCGAGGCGUGGUGGAUUACUUUGGCCUGGAUCCUCAGGAUGUGGAUGUUAUGAUGGGGACAUUCACGAAGAGCUUUGGGGCUUCUGGAGGCUACAUCGGGGGGAAGAAGGAGCUGAUAGACUAUCUGCGGACACAUUCUCACAGUGCCGUGUAUGCCACGUCACUGUCGCCACCGGUCGUGGAACAGAUCGUCACCUCUAUGAAGUGCAUCAUGGGGCAGGAUGGCACGACCCUUGGCAAAGAGUGUAUCCAGCAGUUAGCUGAAAACACGAGGUAUUUCAGGAGGCGGCUGAAAGAGAUGGGCUUCAUCAUCUAUGGGAAUGAAGACUCCCCGGUUGUGCCUCUGAUGCUCUACAUGCCGGCCAAAAUUGGCGCCUUUGGACGGGAGAUGCUGAAGCGGAAUAUCGGCGUAGUUGUGGUGGGAUUUCCUGCUACUCCAAUUAUUGAGUCCAGAGCCAGGUUUUGCCUGUCCGCAGCUCAUACCAAAGAAAUACUUGACACUGCGCUCAAGGAGAUAGAUGAAGUUGGGGACCUGUUGCAGCUCAAGUACUCCCGUCAUCGGUUGGUGCCCCUGCUGGACAGGCCCUUUGAUGAGACAACCUACGAAGAAACAGAAGACUGAGCCUUUUUGGUGCUCUCUUGGAGGAACUCUCCCUCACCCAGGACAGUGUGUGGCCUUUCUGAGCCAGUUCCAGGAACCAUAUUUCUGUGGCCAUCUCACGCAAAAGACAUUUCUAAAUGGCAUUUUGUAAAUAGUAAACUGCUUCACAUUCUUCCUUUGCUACAGUUCACCUUUAAAAAAAAAGAGGUGAUCCACUCUACUUUUUUGUCCAUUAAAAAUGUUUUAU